AUGGAUUAUUCGUAUUUGAACCAAGCGGCGGCAGCGGCGGCCGCCGGAUUCGAAGCUUCAAGUUGUGCAUUGGCGAGCGACAUGCAGUGUGGAUACGGAGAUUUAGGAUCUUGUUCGCAAAUGAGCCAAGCGGCAUACCGAUAUACGGCCGCGAGAGCCGCAGGGUAUCCGGGAAAUUCCGCGGGAGGAGGCGCUACCAGCGGGCCCACGCUUGGUGGCCACCAUGCAAGUCACCCUCAUGCCCAUGCCCACCAUGCGGCCCAUGCUACCCCCUGCUCGGUAAUGGCCGCAAGAACUCAAGAUGUUCAUCGACAUGCUGCUUCUAUAUUUAAUCAGUCUAUUAAUCUUCAAAGUGGUCUUGGGUACAAAGCAUACUCGGCUCAUGACGGAUUAGCUGAGAAAAGAAAACAGCGACGGAUAAGAACGACAUUUACAUCAGCGCAGCUGAAAGAACUGGAACGCGCGUUUCAAGAAACACAUUAUCCUGACAUUUAUACGAGAGAAGAAAUUGCCAUGAAGAUUGACCUUACGGAAGCCAGAGUACAGGUGAGCACUAAUAAUUAUUAA